AUGGAAUCACGAGCACUUCGCAAGCGAAGACGAAUACAGCUUUCAUGUGUAGAAUGUCAUCGGCGAAAAGUCCGUUGCGACCGAAAUGACCCUUGCGGUCGGUGUUCCGCGGCGGAGAUACGCUGUGUCUACGCCGCCGACCGAGAUGAAGAACCUCACUCCCUCACAGAGGUUGAAGCGAGAGGCAACUCUACAACGCGAAGCUUUAACAGUCGUACCGUUCCAAUCAAUACCAGUGCAACACGGUUGCCCCAAGCUCAGCAGCAACUGUCUUCUCCACUUGCUACCAAACGCCGUAGUGAUGGCCAGAGGGACCUCCCAUACUCACGAGGCUGUAUCAGCGACACCCGGCGCCAUGAAAAUGAUUCGCUGGAUCUGGGGACUAUUCACGGGGUCUUGUCGAAAGCUCGCCUUCUUGGGACCACCCAUCCCAUCGCAACCUAUCGUCAGUGUGACGAAAUGUAUCCGAUUCAUGUCAACCCAGAGUAUCAUCGGGCCCCGGAGAUUAUUCCAUCUUCGGUACUGUCUGAGGUGCAGGGUUUGAUCGCUUCAUCCAAGGCUAUGGCGCGAUCUGUAAAGAACCACCAAACCCCAGCAGGCUUAGCACUGGAAGAGGCUGUUAGGUCUCUACCGGCUCGAGAAAUUUGUGACAAACUUGUGGAUAAUUAUAUUCGCCUUGUAGAGCUUCCAUUUCGCAUCCUCCAUAUUCCGAAAUUUCGGCGGGAAUACUCUGCCUUUUGGGACGAACCGAACAAACGGCGACCUUUGUUCGUUGCCAUUGUCCUUCUAGUCGUGUCAAUUGGUGUCCACUUCUCUGAGGACACAGAAUCAGAGACACUUCAGCGUGUUUAUGCUCCCCAAUGGAUUCGAGCAGCCCAAGCCUGGCUUUCGGACAUUCGAUGCAAAGACUUCGCCACUAUAUCUGGAUUACAGGCCCAUUGCUUGGUUGUACUUUCGCUCCAAUUCAACGGUGGCAAGCCUGAUAGAUUAUGGCUCGCACAGGGGGUAGUACAGCGCAUAGCGAACUAUAUGGGUUUGCAUCGUGACCCAAUUCACUUUCCGGAAAUGCCUCUCUACCAUGCCGAAAUGCGACGGCGAUUGUGGAGCACGAUUUUGGAGCUUGACGUCCAGAUAUCAAUGGACCUGGGCAUGCUACCGAACGCGAUUGAUUUCGAUACUACGCCUCCUUCGAAUUUUGACGACGAUGCAUUUGAUGAGACAACCACGACCUAUCCUACAGAGGUAACCCCGUUAACACAAACUCAAAGCUCGUUGCAAACCCACUUACGACGCUCUUUAGCGGCCCGUAUAACGAUAGCUCGACUAAUGAACGAUACAUUCACUGAGCCGUUGUACGAGGAUGUGUUGAGAGAGACCGACAAUCUAGUAGGGAUUAUUACCGCUAGCGAAACAAAUUUGCAUUCGUAUACUGCAGUCCAUCGCAACCUAAUCAAUUUUCUUACGCGCCGUUUCCUGCUAGCCUUACACAGGCCGUUUGCAACCAAGGCUCGUCAAGACCCACGCUAUUAUUAUUCCCGCAAGGUCUGCCUCGAUAAUGCCCUCCUUCUGCUUACACCUGAACGGGAUUGGGACUUCGAUCAGAUGCUACUGGUAUCGAUCACACUCUUUCGGCAUAUAAUGCACCAUGCUGCGAUUGUGCUCUGCGUCGAGAUCGUGGCCCAAAUUAAAGAAGAUCAAUCGGAGAAAAAGCUCCUCCAGAUUCGUCAGGACACCAGAGCACAACUCCUCACCACAACCAGGCAGGUUCUAGGCAUUACAGUCAAGCGUCUUCACUGGGGUGAAACUAACGUGAAGAGCCAUGUCUUUCUACAUAUGGCCAUCGCUCAGAUUGAAGCGAUGGAGCAAGGCAUAGAUGUUGCCGCGCAUGUCUUAAAGGCAGCUACAAUAGCCGCACGAGAGGCGUUGGAGAUUCUACAACAGCAGAGUGAUACUGGACCGCGGGACGAUGGCGGUACAUGGCGUCCGUCGGAGUCAGAGCUAGAUACUGUGCGUCAGGAUGAUUCCGUACCAUUAACACUUACAGAAUUCGGCAAUAUGAACUUGAACUUUGGUGACAUGGCUUCUUGGAUAUUCUCGGACUCGAUGGAUGAAUAUCCGCUCUAA